AUGAGACACAGAAAGUAAAGCACAUGAAAGGAGAUCUUCCCAUUUUACUUCGAUGCUCACUGACCCUUUUAUCUUUUCCUCUAUCUCUCUGUGAUCUCUCUUGUUCUUUCUCUGAAACUCUUUCCGUCUCUCUCUCUCUCUUUGGCAGCCAUAGAACCCGGUGAGCUUUCUGUGCUGUUGUUUGCUAUUUGUUUAUGGCCUUUAUCAUUUUCGCUUUGCUUCUUUUUUUCGGAGCAAAAACCUUGCAGUAACAAUAAAGGGAAUACGGAGAUCUGUUAUGUUUAGAGAAUAUUGUCGUAAUUAUCAGAAAAAGAAGGAUCUGUUGUUUUAUUCGUAGACAGUUUUGCGCUAGGGUUUUUGUGUCGAUUUGGUGCUUCUGAUUUAUCAGUCGAUAUAUAUCGAUUUAUCAUUCUGUUAUUUCACUGGGUUUUCAUUCGUUCUUCUGGGUGUUGGUGAGUCUAGGGUCUGAAGCAACAUUUUUUGAAAUGGAAAAUGGGAAUGGUGUUGUUGGUGGGUACGUGGAAGAGAAGAAGCCUGUAGAGGACAGGGUUCCUGAGGAGAAGGCCGAGGAAAAGGUUUUGGAGGGCUCUGAUGGAUCGAAGGAUGUGGAAGAGGAGCUUUUUGAGGAGGCUGUUGGUACCCAAGAACAUUUUCCGGAGGAAGGACCAAAACCUGAAUCAGGAGGUGGUGGCUCUUUCUUUGGAAAUUCGGGUUCAGUACGAGCAGAUAAGAAUUUUAUUGCAGGAAAUGAAACGGAUGAUAUUAAAAAGGCUUUUGGAUUUCAAGGCGAGGCUGGGAGUGGUGAGGAGGCGGCAGUGGUUUCGAUCGAGGGUCAGGUGGGGGAUUCGGUUGGCGUGGAAAGUGCUGAUGGGGUCCAGGUGCUAGAUAAGUUUGAUGAUGAAGGGACUGAAGUUGAGGCAGCUGCUGAUGAAUUGAGUGGAGGAAAGGAGGCAGCUGAAGGUGACGAAUACAUGGACUUUUCAAAGGGUGGAGAUGAGGUAAUUGUAAAGUCUGAUGUUGUAGUUGAAAAAGCUAAUGGGGCUAAGCUUCCAGAUAAGAUUGAUGAAACGGAGGCUGAAAUUCAAGCAACUGCUGACGAAUUGAGUGGACCAAAGGAGGUUAAUGAUGUUGGUGUCAAUGGAGACGUGGGAGCUUCUAAGGGUGAGGAUAAGGAGGUUGUGAAGUAUUGUGUAGAGGUUGAGAAGCCUGAUAGGGUUGAGGUGCCAGAUAAGAUUGAUGAAGGAGGGACUGAGAUGGAGGCUGCAAUGGUUGAAUUGAAUGGAGGAAAGGAGGAAUCUGAGGUUGGCAUUAGUGGAGACAUCGAAGUUUCUAAGGGUGGGGAUGAGGCAUUUAUAAAAUCUGCUGUAGGGAAUAGGAAGUAUGAGGAUGUUGAAUCUGUUAAUUUGGGGAAUAGAUCAGUUAAUGAAAACACUGAAAAUGGAGAUGCCGAUAGGGUGACAGGAAGUGGUCAUGAAUCUCAUGGAGAAACUGAAUUAAGCGGUAACUCUUUCCUUGAAGAUAAAAAGUCUGAGGAAUCAAAGGAGGAUAUAUUGUGUAAUGAACGUGGGGAUGGCAGUGCAAAUGAGUCAGUUGAUUUUUGCACUCGGCUGGAGCAUCAAGGUGAUGGGGGCAAAGAAGUGAAUGAAAAUUUGGCCAAAGGGGAGGUAGAACCUAACGGUAUUAGGGGAGAUGCUGAUAAUAAAGGAGCUGAAGUGAUGAGAACUUUGGAUAGUUCUACCACAGAACAUCAAGAAAGUGGGAAUGGUGCUCUUAGAUAUACUUCAGCUGAACCACAGACAUAUGUUAAAGAAGAGGGAGCAAUUAUUGGAACUUUGCAUUCCUUAGAGAAGUCUGCAACGGAGGUACAGGCAGGUGCAACAGAGUUAAAGUUAGAGAACAACAAGAGUUCUCUUCCUGUACAAAUGGAUGAAAAAGUUAAUGAAGUUCAGAAUGGUCGUUUGUAUAGACUUGGUUUGGCUGAACAGUUGCGAGGGAGAAAUGGUGGUCGUGUUGGUGCUUUUAGCUUUGACCGUGCAAGUGCCCUGGCAGAGCAGCUUGAGGCAGCUGGGCAUGAACCCCGAUUCUCUUGUACAAUUAUGGUACUUGGAAAAACUGGAGUUGGUAAAAGUGCAACCAUUAAUUCCAUAUUUGAUGAAGUUAAGUUCAGCACUGAUGCUUUUCAAACAGGAACAAAGAAAGUUCAGGAUGUUGUGGGUACUGUGCAAGGUAUUAGGGUGCGGGUAAUUGACACACCGGGCCUUCUGCCAUCAUGGUCUGAUCAACAUCAGAAUGAAAAGAUCCUGCACUCUGUUAAGCGUUUCAUUAAAAAAACACCUCCAGAUAUUGUGUUAUAUCUUGAUCGGUUGGACAUGCAAAGUAGGGAUUUCAGUGAUAUGCCCCUCUUGCGCACCAUCACUGAGAUAUUUGGACCAUCUAUAUGGUUUAAUGCAAUUGUGGUUUUGACUCAUGCAGCAUCUGCUCCACCUGAUGGGCCAAAUGGCACUGCUUCCAGUUAUGACAUGUUUGUCACUCAGCGUUCUCAUGUUGUCCAGCAAGCCAUCCGUCAGGCAGCUGGGGAUAUGAGGCUCAUGAAUCCUGUUUCAUUGGUGGAGAAUCAUUCCGCCUGCAGAACAAAUAGGGCUGGCCAGAGAGUGUUGCCAAAUGGUCAAGUUUGGAAACCUCAUCUGCUGUUGCUCUCCUUUGCAUCCAAAAUUCUGGCAGAAGCUAAUGCUCUUCUAAAGUUACAAGAUAGUCCACCUGGGAAGCCUUUUGCCGCUCGAUCAAGAGCACCUCCUUUACCAUUCCUUCUCUCAACCCUUCUUCAGUCGAGACCACAGGUUAAACUUCCCGAGGAACAAUUCAGUGAUGAAGAUGAUAUAGACGAUGAUUUGGAUGAAUCAUCAGAUUCUGAUGAAGAAUCAGAAUAUGAUAGAUUGCCUCCAUUUAAACGCUUGACAAAGGCCCAGAUGGCUAAGCUUUCUAAAGCCCAGGUGAAGGAGUAUCUUAAUGAGCUAGAAUACAGGGAAAAGCUGUUUAUGAAGAAACAGUUGAAGGAAGAGAAAAGGAGAAGGAAGAUUAUGAAGCAAAUGGCGGCUGCAACUAAGGAUUUGCCAACCGAUUUUGGUGACAAUGUAGAAGAGGGGAGCAGUGGAGCUGCAUCAGUGCCAGUUCCCAUGCCAGAUCUAGCCCUACCUGCUUCUUUUGAUUCUGAUAAUCCUACUCACCGAUAUCGUUACCUUGAUUCUUCCCAGUGGCUUGUGAGGCCUGUUCUAGAGACUCAUGGAUGGGAUCAUGAUGUUGGUUAUGAAGGUAUAAAUGUAGAACGACUGUUUGUGGUUAAAGAAAAAGUACCAAUCAUUGCUCGUGCCAAUUUGAAUAACAGAGGGGCAGGACAAGUUGGUCUUCGUUUAAAUAGCUCAGAACAACUCCAAAUAGCCUUAAUUGGCUUCCUUCCUCUAUUCAAAAAGCUGCUUGGUUAUCCUCAACAAAUGCAGUAUGGACAAUGAUGAAACGAGAUUACUUGGGCUGCACCAGCUAUGCAGUGAAAGGUUAUAACAUUUAGAAAGACCAUCUCAUGAUGUUUACCAUGAACCAUGAACAAAAGUAAGAUGCCGAAUUCCUUUUGCUUCUACCUCCUCUCCCCCCCCACCCCCUUCCCUUCCCCCAAUAUAUAUAUAAUUUCCUAUAUAAAUCUUAUUCAGCGUUUUGUUAGUGGAUUGUGGCCAUUUUUAUUUCUUUGUUAGAUGUUUUGCACAUGGUAUUUUUGUUUCCAUAAUCUGAUUCUUAGUUUUCCUUCUUGUUUGCCCAUAUAAAUUGCAUUUCUAGUGUGGGUAUGAAAGAUGAUUUAUUUUGAA